CCCAGCCUGGUGGAGAGAGGGGGCCUUUCCCCACGAGGUGAGCUACAAACGCGCACCGAGAUUGGGUUGGGCUGAAGGCCAGGCAGAGCACAAAGGCUCCGGGUUGAAAAUCAGAAAAAGGGGCGGGGAGAAAAAGAAAAGAAAAGAAAAGGGGGCGGGGGCGGCGCUUAGUCCAGGAGUUAGGGUGGAACCAUCCCCUCCAUCCUCGGCAGGGCUUCCCUGGUAACCAAGGAGACCGGUUGCUCGGGGACCCAUCUAACAACUCCGCCCACCACCAAGAUGGCAAGCAAUCUGGCUUCGUACCAGAAAGCGAGCCCUUCCUAGGGAUCCAUUUUGGAGUCUGGCAAAAUCUAAGUUUGGGGCCUAAGCCAGGAACGCCAACCGACACACCUAAAGAGGAGACCGGAGAGAGCGCGCCACUGAGAACCGCGGGAAAGCGCGGCCCGCGCGGCUCGCUUCCCAGAGUCCCAGCGGCAUCCGAGCGCCCUCUGCCCUCAACCAAGAUGGCCACCGCGCGGCGCCGGCGCGCUGUGAGCCGCGGCAGUGCUUCCGGCCCCGCUGCCCUCAGCGAAGAUGGCGGCAGUGGAGAAGCGGCGGCCGGCGGCGGCCCAGGCGGCUCACUUCCCAGACGGCGGGCGGCCGGGAGUGUCCCGAGCAGCGGCGACGGCCGAGAGUGAGGAGGACUUCCUGCGGCAGGUCGGCGCGACGGAGAUGCUGCGCGCGGCCCUGCUGAAGCUGCUGGAGGCCCGACCCGAGGAGCCCAUCGCCUUCCUGGCUCACUACUUCGAGAACGUGGGCCUGCGGUCCCCCGCAAGCGGCGGCGCCGGGGAGCCCCCGGGCCAGCUCCUGCUGCAGCAGCAGCGCCUGGGCCGCGCGCUGUGGCACCUUCGCCUGGCUCACCACUCCCAGAGGCUUGCUCCCACCACAGCCCCCGCAUCCUGGGGAAAGGAGCUGGUGACAGAAGCUCCUACGAGGGGUUACUGUGAGGCAGCAGCUAACACGGUGCCAGUCCUGGAAACGGGGGCAGGAGAGGACCGCCUUCAACAACAACGUGGGUGUGGCCUACGAGUGCCUGAGCGCCAGCGGGCGCAGGAAGAAGCCGGGGCUGGACGGGCGCACGUACAGCGAGCUGCUGAAGCGCAUCUGCCGGGACGGGGAGGCCCCCGAGGAGGCGGUGGCGCCGCUGCUGCGCAAGAUCCAGUGCCGGGACCACGAGGCCGUGCCGCUGGCCGUGUUCCGCGCGGGGAUGCUCACCUGCUUCGUGCUGCUGGAGUUCGUGGCGCGCGCCGGCGCCCUCUACCGGCUGCUGGAGGGCCCGGGCUUGGCCGCGGCCGACCGCCGCGUGGGCCAGGCCGUGCUGGACACGCUGGAGGGGGCCCUGCAGGCCAGCGACGACACCGCGCCCGCGAGCUACCUGGAGGCCGGCUCGCGCCUGGGGCCCGACAGCCUGGCGCUGGCCAUGGACCGCGCGCUGGUGGCCCGGCGGCCCAGCGCCCCCAUGACCCGGGAGGAGUUCCUGGAGAAGGCUGCCGCCCUCUUCAUCGCCAAGGUCAAGCCCGUGGGCUGAGCCCCUCCCUUGGCUUGGCCGCCGCCUCCCGCGCCCGGAUGCCUGGUGCCCUCAGGGCCUGGCUCACCGGGGCCAGGACUGGGGUGUCCCUGCAUGCCGGGGCUGCAGGGAGCCCCCCACCCCCAGCUUCCCACCUGGAAUGAUGCCCAAGCCCCCUUCAGGCCAGGGGGAGGCCGAGAAUCCCUCCUAGCAAGCCUGCCAAGGCCCCUCCCCUCAGCAGAAAUAAAGGCUGUUCCCCAG